AUGAACCUACAAGCCGUAAAAUUGUGCCCAUAUGUACCAGCGAACAAAAUGUACUUUAAAACCAAAUUGUCCUGCUAUAACUUCACAGUUUACAACCUAAAAACUCACGAUGUUAUGUGCUAUUGGUUUUCAGAAAACGAAAAUAACCAGCUCAAAGCAUCCACAUUUGUUUCCUAUAUCAUACAUUGUUUAGAGGAGAACUGUGUUACCGAUUUCAAAACGCUAGUACUAAUUUAUUCUGAGGAAUGCGGUUAUCAAAAUCGUAAUAAUGUCCUGGCCAAUGCUUUACUAAAUUUUGCUAUCAAACAUAAUGUGUUAGUGUUUGAAAAAUAUCUUGAACCGCAACCGGGUCACUCUCAAAUGGAAUGUGACUCGGUACAUAGUAUGAUAGAAAAAAAUAUUCAGUCAGGUCCUCCUCAAAUAAGUGACCAGGAUUCUGAUGAACGUAUGGAGGAUAGCGACUACAUUCCUUCAGGUAAUGAAAGUGAUAAUUUAGAUACCGGCGAAGGAAACUCUACAGCAGACGAGGAAAAAACAAAUUCAAAUGAAAAUAGUCAAGUAGGAUCUAAAAGAAGCCGAUGGAACAUCCCAAGACCAUCUGUGUGGUCAACAUCCCAAGACCAUCAACUUUUCUGA